GAAUGGUGAAUCACAUCCUGUAAGAAUUUCCUUUUCCUUUUAACGAUCAUUUGCAGCUAUAAAAAAUACAGAAGAGGCAUAUUGUCUUCAUACUACAGGUACGCCAUCAACCGAUAGAAAAAGGAAAGAGCAAACAAUUUGAGAAAACUGAGUUACGCCCCGAAGAAGAAUGAAUAUCAUAUUUUGUGUAUUAUUGAGUUUUUUGGUGAAAAUUGUUUACGGAACGGGAUGCACAGUUCAACCAUCGCCAGAUAUACGAGAAGUACAGGCUGGCUGCACUACUGAUUACGGUUCAUGCUCAUUGCAGGAAUGCAUAUCGUGCUACAGUAACGAGAGAAAAUGUUGUGGACCAGUACAUAAACAAAAAGAUGUCACGUGCGGAGGUCAAACUAUCGAAGUUACAGUCGUAGAUAAAUGUACUUGCUCGCCCUGUCAAGAGCCAACCACUGUUAUUGCUGGAACAAUAAAUAAUUGUGACACAACUGGUUCCAUAUGUAGUAAUUUCGCAGUAGAGAUGAACAAUAUUGAAGUAGCAAGGGCAGAUAUUGAAGGAAAAUUUCAAUUCGAAACAGGCACACCUCAGUCCAGCGAUCGGAUUGUAUUUUCUGCGGUGGAUGACAUCCAUAAGUUUUACAGACAAGUCAAGGUUGUUAAUACAGUAAGUGAAACGAAUGUAUACUUUGUGACAAUCGACGCCAUUAAGAAGCCUAAUGCCAUAAUGUUCAUCUCAACUGACGGACACACCGUGCCAUCAAUAGGAACCAAUCAAGAUGUGUCAGUUGUUUUCCCCGCAAACUCAUUUUUUAUGGAAGACGGUGUGACCCCGUACACUGGAAACGUACAUCUUGCAUUGAAAUUCAUUGAUCCCACGCAAACUGACAGCGAAAAUUCAAUCCCAGGAGAACUUUUGACAGAAGGAGAGCAGUUACCAGGUUUUUUAUCAUCAUUUGGAAUGUUGUUGUUUGAUUUGACGGACGACGCUGGAAAUCCACUGACUGCACGUCAAGUUGAAAUAUAUUUGAGAACAAACAGUCUGACCUUGGGUCAAACACAGGGUUUGAGUUUGUGGAGUUUAAACGAUGCCACAGGUUUUUGGGAACAAGGGCCAACAAUGUCGGUUUCUAGCACAGACCCGACUGCGAAGCGAAGAAAAAAACGAGGAGGAAAUGAUUUUAUAGCAGCAAGUAUUGACGUAACUGAUCUAACACGGAUUUGGAAUUUAGACAAACUAUUAAUUUCGUAUUGUCACAUGAAAGUACGACUAUUUGUGGGUCAAACACAAACAGAAAACAAUCAAGUUAGCGGGGCAGAUGUUACAUCACUAUAUGCUAGAACUGGUGCGAGUGGGAGUCCGGGAUGGAGGAAUUUUCUAAGAAGAAAAUCUGGCAACAAUGGAAUAUGUGUAUCAGUCCCUUGUGAUGCAACUGUUUUAAAUAGUGUCAAAGUUGCAGCUGACAGAUAUUGUACAGUUUCCACAACUGUUUCUGCAUCAGAUCAAACUCUUCUUGGGUACAGCGAUGAAACAACAAGUUUUACAAUUACAAUACCAGCCGGCCAAAACAUAGUGGAUAACACAAAUGGACCCAUCUAUAGUGACUGGAGUGAAUGUUACAAUGCUGCAUUCAAUGAGGCUUAUUUUGGCUUUGGCAGGGAACUACCGGUAGAUGAGGAAAUCAAUACAAUUCCAUUUAAUGAAGAAAAAAUUGAAGAACAACCUGCGAUAAACGAUGUUUUGGCAUGGUGGCCAGAUAUGAACAGUUUCCAUGCUUGUUACAUGCGUAUUGAAAUAGGCAUUGGAGGGGAAAGGGAAAGAAAGAGACGAAACGUUUUUCCGGCAAACGAAGAAAAAGUAGAGAUUGAGAGCCUUGGGGGAACUCAUUCUGUAACUGCCGAUAAACUAUAUGGCAAGCGAACGUCUUAUGCCAUCGGAAUUGCAGUAUGUGUUGAAUACAAGUGCCCAAGUAGUCUAUCUGACGGAGAUUUUGACAGAACGGAACUACUUGUUCGACCUGUGUUUGAUGGCGAUUACUCUUACUACACACUUAAUCAAGUAAAUGAGAAAAUGUUUGCAUCUACUGAUGAGAUCACUGCCGCCAAUGCACAGAUAGGACAAUCCAGCUUCGCUGGACCAGCACCAACAGAUUUCACGGUGACAGAUGAUGGAACAUAUCACAGCGAGAGUACAAUUCAUCCACUUAUAGCAAAAGCCGAUGCAAGAGAGAAAUGCAUAGGUGGAUCGUUUGAAGCAUUAGUUAUUACCCCGUCUGUCACUUCUACUGUCGAUGUUCCAUGAAACAAAUGUAGUUGCCUAUAAUUAAA